UUUGCAAACAAUUAUCAGAAAUGGAGCAAAAAAUUUUAUUUUAUUAUGUAAGUUAUCUUUCCAUUUUAGACAUCUGUUACUCGACAGUUACUCUUCCUGCCAUGAUCUUCAACUCUAUCACAGACAACAGGAGAAUUUCCUUUAGAAAUUGUUUCACUCAAGCAUAUUUCUUUGUCUCCCUCGGAGGAUCUGAGUGUCUCUUGCUAGCAGGUAUGGCCUAUGACCGAUAUGUGGCAAUAUGUAACCCCCUGCGAUAUUUUAAUAUUAUGAACAAGAAACUUUGUUCCCACCUUGUUGCAGGUUCCUGGUUCAGCGGCUUUCUUAACUCUGUUCUUCAUACUGCCAUGACAUCUAAAUUGAAUUUUUGUGGAGACCAAAAUGUGAAUAAUUUCUUUUGUGAUAUUCCUCCACUAUUAAAAGCUUCUUGUACAGAUACUUACACCAGCCAUAUGUUAUUGUAUAUUGUCAGUGUUUUUCUAGGGAUGACACCAUUUGUGUUUGUAACAGUCUCUUAUACACGUAUCAUUGGCACAAUCUUAAAGAUCCGAUCUUCUGCAGGAAGGAAGAAAGCCUUUUCUACGUGCUCAUCACAUCUCAUUGUUGUUACAGUGUUUUAUGUAACAGCUAAUUUCAAUUAUAUUGGUCCAGCUCCUAGAGACAACUUCGAUAUUGUGAGGCUCUCCACCAUGCUUUACAGUGUUUUGACUCCCUUGUUAAAUCCUGUUAUCUAUUGUCUGAGGAACAAGGAGGUUAAAAGAGCUUUAAAAAAGGCCCUAGCAGAGACUCCAACUCCAUUAAUAAAAAGAUGUAUGGAUACCAAUUAG